AUGGGGAUCACUGGCCUUGGAAGUGAAAUUCAUCAGUUCAGAGUACAUAUGCUCUUUGGAACAGGGUCUCUAGAAGAGUAUUUAAAUAUCUGCCACCAGACAUCAGUAUUGGAAUUGGAUUUAACUUCUGCUGCCUAUAAUAGGACAAGUCAUGCAGACAGCCAUCCUACUUUGGAUUCUGGCUUUGCUGUCACAAUCAGCUUUGGUCAUUUCAGAUCCGCUAAACCCUUUCUCUUACCUUCCAGUCAUUACCUGGUGGUUUUCCCAGCCAUAAUUGAUCAUCCCAAUGUAGAAAAGUUCUGCAUAUUAUUACGCUCCCUCGAAGAGACUAACUAUCUGCUGGUUACCUUGGAGUUGAAGAAUCAGAACCACACCUUAGCAGAGAAGGACGUGGAAGCACCAGGAACCUUUGAGUGUAUCCACUUCCAGGAAGAAGCAAUAGCCAAAGUGCAUAUUCUAAUCCGAAAGGGCAGCACUGUGACCUUCGAGGCCCAGAAGAAAGUGCUACUCAAGAAAGCUUCUUCCAGGGACCUUAUACAACUUAGCAAGGCCUUAUACAAGCCUGGAGAGAUAGUCAAGUGGCGCAUUGUGAGGCUUGAUGAUGCAUUUAAGGCCAUUGAUAAAAUAAUUCCUCUGAUACAGCUGAAGGAUCCUGAUGAAAAUCGAAUUGCCCAAUGGGUGGAUGUGAAGCCUCUUCAUGGCAUUGUAGAUCUGUCUUUCCCUCUAGCCUCUGAAGCAGCCUUGGGCACAUACACUAUUGAAAUGGAAGACAAAGAACUGAGAUCUAAAGCUGCUGAAGUAUUCAAAGUGGAGGAAUAUGAGCUGCCUAGGUUUGAAAUUUUCUUCAAGUACCCACCACUGGUUACCAUUUUAGAUGAAGUAUUUCAGCUCAGUGUCUGUGGAAAGUACACGUAUGGAAAACCUGUUCAAGGAAAUGUGUCUAUCACCUUGACAAGGGAACCAUCAGAAGCUUUUGAAAUAGUUACGAACAUAACUUUGCCCAAGAUUUUAAAGCAAUACAGAGAAUGGACAGACAAAAAUGGCUGUGCCACUUUUACUAUUAACGGGAUUGAUAUUAAUCUGUUUGAAAAAGGCUACAGGAACCUGAUAGUAUUAUCUGCAAUAAUGAAAGAGGAAGGAACAGGACUGGAGGCUACAAAUAUGGACAACAUUCCUAUAGCUAUCAGUGAAGUGAAUUUGGUAUUUGAAGAACUCAGUCCUUUCUAUAAGCAAGGUUUCCCUUACUCUGGAAAGAUUAAAGUUUCAGUCGAUGAUUCACCAGUCCAAAACUACACUGUCUAUCUCAUUGUUGAUGUUGAUGAUGUGCUGGCCCAAAUUACAUAUAUCACAGAUGAGAAUGGUAUUGUCUAUUUCUCUCUGAAUACAACUGCCUGGAACAACACCAUGGUUUCUAUAAAGGCAACAGACACAAUUGGGAAUAAAACUGAAGAACAGAUUGCUCGGAUGUCGAACUUCGAAGACUAUAAGUGGCUGAAGCCCUUCUACUCAGAGAGUAAUAGUUUCCUUGAGAUUCAGCAUGUGGAAGAGGAGCUGCCCUGUGGAAAGGAUCAGGAAGUAUUGGUAGAUUAUAUCCUUGACCAGAAAGAGCUGGACCCUGAGGCUGACCACAUAGAUUUUUAUUACUUGCUUGUAUCAAAAGGAAAGAUUGUUUCCAGUGGACAGAAGCAAGUGCUUGUUGGCCAGGAUGAGACACUCAAAGGCACCUUCUCUCUUACCCUGACUCCCAGCUCUAAGCUGGCACCCAUUGCCAAGCUUUUGCUGUUUGCAGUCUUCGCUGAUGGUGAGGUGGCAGCUGAUGUUGAUGUGUUCACAAUAAACAUGUGCUUCGAACAUAAGGUGAAGUUGGGAUUCUCAUCAGAGGAAGAGCUUCCAGGGUCAAAGAUCAAUCUGCAGAUAGAAGCUGCCCCUGGUGCACUCUGCUCUGUCCAAGCUGUGGACAAGAGUGUCCUCUUGAAAAGGAACUUAACUCUGACACCAUUAACAGUAUAUACUGCUUCGUCAGAAUAUUGGUUGGAUUUAAUAGUAGAAGGAUUUCACCAUCGCAUGGAAGAUUUUGAACCUUACCCUUGCUUGUCCCCUCUGGAUCCUAAACAAGGGAAAAAUCAGUCUUCCAGGACAGCUCCCUGGUAUCAAAGAGAAGCUGAUGUUUAUAGCCUAUUCAAGCAAUCAAGAUUGAAAAUUUUAACAAACACAGAAAUGAAAAAGCCUGUUUCCUGUGACCUUCCAUCUCCAGAGAGAAUUGCUUUCAAAAGUGGCAGGGCAAGAGGUACUUCAGUUACUGAACAUCUUGAAAAUAUAUUUCAAGAUAUCGCUGCCACAAAACCAAGGCAGGAUGCGGAAACCAAACCCAGGACACGCUUUCCAGAAACCUGGAUUUGGGAUUUAGUACCUGUUGAUGAGGAAGGGAAAGCAGUUCACUCAGUCACUGUUCCAGACACAAUCACGGAGUGGAACGCAAAUGCAUUCUGUCUGGCAGACAUAGGCUUUGGCCUCUCUCAAUUAACCACAGUCAGGGUUUUCCAGCCCUUCUUCAUUGAUUUGACUCUGCCAUAUUCUGUGAUUCGUGGAGAGACUUUCCAGACAAAGGUCACGGUCUUUAACUUCCUCAAGGACUGUAUCCAGGUGAGAACAACCCUGCUAGAGUCCGAGAAAGUGGAGGUGAAACCCUGUCCUGACUGCCUGUUCACCGCCUGCCUGUGCGCUGAGGAAGCCAAGGUCUUCUCCUGGAAUCUGACAGCCACUCAGCUGGGACAUGUGAACAUCUCAGUGAGAAGUGAGGCUGAGGAGACCCAAGCAUUGUGUGGCAACAAGAUCUCUGUCACUCCCAUGCAUGGCCAGUCAGACACAGUUAUCAGAUCUUUACUUGUCAAGCCAGAAGGUGUACUUGAAGAAAAAGCCCAGAACACUUUCUUAUGCUCUUCAGGAGAACCCGCAUCUGAAGAAGUUUUCCUAACAAUGCCCGAAGCAGUUGUGCAGGAUUCUGGACGGGCCAUUGUAUCUGUCAUCGGAGAUAUUAUGGGAGCUGCGCUAGAAAAUAUAGACCAUCUGCUUCAGAUGCCCUUUGGCUGUGGUGAGCAGAAUAUGGUCAAAUUUGUUCCCAACAUCGUUGUACUCCAGUACUUGGAAGAAACCAAUCAGGUGACUCCAGAAUUAAGGAAUCUGGCAAUAGAGCACAUGAAAAGUGGAUAUCAACGGCAGCUGCUUUAUAAACACGAUGAUGGUUCUUAUAGUGCCUUUGGAAAACGUGACGAAGAGGGAAACACUUGGCUGACUGCAUUUGUGGCCAAGGCUUUUGGCCAGGCAAAGAGCUACAUCUAUGUGGAUGAAAAACAUAUUCAGAAUGCCGUGGACUGGUUGAGGAAACACCAACUUCCCAGCGGCUGCUUUGAAAGUGUGGGGAGGCUCUUUAACAAUGCCCUGAAGGGUGGUGUGGAUGAUGACCUCUCUCUUACAGCCUAUGUCACUGCUUCUUUGCUGGAGCUGCACCUAGAGAAUAAUAGAAGCCUGGUAGAUGAUGCCUUACUCUGCCUGAAAAGAAACCUGAACUCUAUGAACAAUACCUACUCCAAAGCUUUGGUGGCUUAUGUGUUCACGUUGGCUGGGGACACAAAGACCCAGCAACAGCUCCUCGAAGAAUUAGAAGAGGACAUUCUCAGAACAGAUGAUAUUCCAAAUAUUGAAACAAUGGCCUAUGUGCUGUUGGCUCACCUUUCUAUGAUGAAAGUAUCCACAGAAGAUAUAAACUAUGCCUCUCAGUUGGUAGUCAACCUUAAUAAACAACGGAAUACCUAUGGAGGAUUUAGUUCUACCCAGGAUACUGUGAUUGGCCUGCAGAGCUUAGCCAGAUAUGCAACCUUGACAUUCGCUGAGAUAGAAAAUCUAAAGGUGGUGGUAAAAUCCAGUAAAGGCUUCCAGCAUGAAUUCCAUGUGAACAAGCAAAAUCGGCUGGUGCUGCAGCAGGCCUCCCUUCCGGAGAUCCCUGGUCAGUACAAGAUGGAGCUCUCAGGGCAUGGCUGUGUUUAUGUGCAGACUAAUCUUCGAUAUAACAGGAUGCCUCCAGAGUCUGAUGCUUUUGCUUUGAAAGUGGAAACAUCACCAAACAAAUGCACCCAGAGUUCCAGGAAAUCUUUUGAGAUCCGACUUGAAGUGAGUUACACAGGCCAACGAGAGGCAAGCAAUAUGGUUCUAUUGGAGGUGAAUAUGAUAUCUGGGUAUAUUCCUGUAAAGAAAUCUGUAACAAAGCUGCUAGAGAAACCAUUGAUUAAAAAGGUGGAAUUUGAUCCUGAGAAGAUAAGCAUUUACCUGGAUCAGUUGGAUAAUAAUGUUCAAAAGUAUAACUUCGGUGUGGAGCAGGAAACAGAAGUGUGGGAUCUGAAGGCAGCCAUAGUGAAAAUUUAUGACUACUAUUAUCCAGGAGACAAAUUGAUUGCUGAAUACAAUGCUCCUUGUGGUGAAGGUGGACCCCUCAUUUUUCUAGAGGGACAGCAUGUCAGAUCCCUAUCGUGAUACUGCUAUUUCUCUGGGGAAGGGGGCCUGUAUC